AUGCUUCACACUUCAAGGGCAAGCGAUUUGAGUGAUCUGAGUAGAUCUGAAGAGUUCUCCGAUAAUGACGAAGAGAAUGAUCCUAUCAUCCACUCCUUCGGGCCAUUCGGAGAGAACCUUCUUCCUCGUAUGGCUUCUUUCCGGGCGGGUGAUUCCCCCGUUCAGACUGCUCGUUCUCCUCGCAGCCUGCUGCCCGCCCAACCUCUUCAGCCUACCCGGUCCCCUAGACAGCCAGCCACCAUCCACGAGGAUAAGGAAUCUGAGACUCCCGAAGCCAAGCCCCAGUACACCGACGAACGGUCUGAGAAAGUCCGCAACCACGCUGCCAAUCAACUCGCCUUCUCCCGGCUGUCCUCCACGCCCUUCUCCACCAUCUUGAACAACCUCCCUCCCGCGUAUUGGAAGUCCGGUCACGAGUACCCCACUGGCCUCUCCAGGUCUGAUAUCCGCAACAUUCUCGAAUCAACCAAGUUUAUUGGCAGAGUUGCCCGUGAAGGCAAGGAUGCCGCUGGCAAGCCACUUGAGAGUGAGUAUUACUACGUUCCCGAUGAGGAUGACGAUGUUAUGCGGCGGUCUGCUGUGGUGGAUGAUCUUCGGAAGCCUGGCCUGCGCAAUUGUCGGAAGCAGCACAAGCAAUACUUCUGGCGCAAGCCCAAAUGA